UACAUAAAAAGCUGAUAAUAAUAAAUAAAUAAGGAAAAUAGUGUUACUCGUACGUCUGGCAGCCACCAAGUCCACCUGUCACGUGACCUUCCAGCUUCCAGUCACUCAGUCACCUCUUAGACAGUGAAGGAGGAAGGUAUACGAUCUUACUUCUCAGGGCAAUAGUUGUGUGGCUAUAAGAACGUACCAAGAUGGCCGGCGCCGACAACAGAUGACGCUCACCACUCAUCACAUAAAACAUGGAAACAAACUUCCACCGUAAUAUUCCUUCAUAAUUACACACAUCCACGCAGCUGUGAUCCCCGUGGCUUUAUAUCCCGCUUCUAAACGCACUUCCUGACCACAAAAUAUAAUAAAAGAAGAAAAUAAGCGUAAUGGCGGAUUUGCGGCGUCAGAUCUGGCAUUUGUGGCGGAGAUGGCGGGUCUACUAUAAGUAUUUCACUUCUACGGCUACUACUACUACUACUACGAACACCACCACCACCACCACUUUUCUUCUGGUAGUGGUGGUGGUGAUGGUGUUGGUGGGUGGUAAUGCGCUCCUUAUCCUCCCCCUCACCACCCACUCCAUGCAAUUUGAUGUUAGUUAUGGUGGUGGUGGUACUACUUCUACUACUUCUACUACUACUACUGCUGCUACUGCUACUUGGAGAUCUACAAAUGUUAGGCCUAUUAUAAUGGACUGGAAGAGGAGGUGGAUAAGACCGUGGCUAACGAAGAAGAGGAAAGAGGAGGAGGACGAGAGGAAGAGACGAAGAGGAUCAAGAGAAGGAGGAGGUAAAGAUGGAGAAGGAAGAGGAAGCGGGAAAAAAUGGGCGGUGGAGGAGAGGAGACGAGAGGGAGAAGAAUAUCGGAAGGUGGAGGAGGAAGAGGAAUGGGAAGAGAAUGUGAAUAGUAAUAAUAAUAAUAAUAAUAAUAAUAAUAAUAAUAAUAAUAAUAACAUAGAGAACAAGAUCCAUUUUGUAACACCAGAGAAACGAAAUGAAGAAAACAAAGAUAAAAUGGAAGAAGAGGAGAAUCACCACUAUCACAACAACAACAACAACACCGGCUGUGAGGACUACCGCAUAGGAUUCGCUGCGGUAAGAUCCCUCCCGCCGGUGGCCCUCGCGUCCUACCCCGGGUCUGGCAACACUUGGCUGAGGGAGUUGCUGGAGGCCGCCACGGGGGUCUUCACGGGCAGUACCUACGACGACCAGCACCUCUACUUGACGGGCCUGGCAGGAGAGCUGGAGCCAUGGUCAGCAGGCACGACCCUCACGCAGAAGACCCACUCCGCCUUGCCCUCCGUCGUGUCGUCCUUCGAGGGCCGCGCGGUUGUGCUCAUCAGGAACCCUUACCUCGCUAUCCUCGCCUACCACAACUACCUCUUCGGCGGACACCUCGGCUUCGCCCCCGUAUCCAACUAUAGAAGCAAAGACUGGGGCGCCUUUGUCCACAUGCAAGCAAGGGCGUGGAUUGACAUGGCUCUGAAUUGGACCAAACACGAAGGAGGCGCUGAAGGAGGAGGGAAGGGGAGGAGGAUGAAGAAGGAAGGAGAACAGGGAGACGUAAGGAACAUGGAGAACAGUCAAAGAGGAGAUGAGGAAGAGGAGAUGAAGGAGGAAGGGAAGCAGAGGAGGUUGAAGGAAUGGAUGCUGGUGAAGAAGAUGAAGAUGAUGAUGAUGAAGAAGGAGAAAGAGGAGGACGAAGAAAUAAAAAGUAAAGAGGAACAGAAUGAAUCACAGAAGAAGGAGGAGGAAAAAGAAGAAAAGAAGAGAAGGAAGGAUGAAGUGAAAGAGCAAACGGAGGUAGAGAAGAAGAUACAAGAAGAGGAAGAGGAAGAGGAAGAGAUUGGGAGGAGGGUCGCUGUUGUGCAUUACGAGGAGCUUGUUCAUGACCCCCUCUCCCCCCUCCUCCCCGCCCUGGCCGCCCUCCCCAUCCCUCAACCCUCCCCCCACCGACUAGAGUGCCUGAAGAGCCACCAGCAGCACACCCGCCGUCGCUUCAAGAGGACCCACGAAUACUUACCUGAGGGGCUCGAAGUUUUCUCACCUGUGGACAGAGACAAGCUGGACCGUGCCAUCCGCUACGUUGACCACCACCUGCGCCUUCGUCACCUCCCCCCCCUGCCGCUCCACCUCUACGACUACUACAAUAACACCCGCCCACGCACACAGAAAACGGUCCGCGUGUCGUGCUUCGAAGGGGAGACUCGUGUGGAAUGUGACGCACGUGUCGACGACCUCAAUGCUGCUUGGAGGAUGAGGAAGAGGAUGAGGAGGAGCAGAGAAAAAAGUGACGAGAAUCCUUCCUCUUCGUCUACAGUAGGAGGAAAGGAGGAAGAGGAAGAGGAGGAAGAGACUGGUCGAUUAGAGAGGUUCGCGGGUACCAAGGUGGGUCUGUUCCUCACCCGGGGCUUCACGAGUCUCAUGAACCACCUCCGCGGUGACCCACUGCUUCAAAAUGCCGCUCGAACCCCGUGAGUGAGUGAAAGUGUUAAUAAGUGGGUGAAAUUAAGAAGAAAAAAAAAUGUAUAUUAAAGAAAUAGUCGGUGAGUAAAUGAAACAGUCGGUGAGUAAAUGAAACAGUCAGUGAGUAAAUGAAACAGUCGGUGAGUAAAUGAAACAGUCGGUGAGUAAAUGAAACAGUCGGUGAGUAAAUGAAACAGUCAGUGAGUAAAUGAAACAGUCGGUGAGUAAAUGAAACAGUCGGUGAGUAAAUGAAACAGUCGGUGAGUAAAUGAAACAGUCAGUGAGUAAAUGAAACAGUCGGUGAGUAAAUGAAACAGUCGGUGAAUAAAUGAAACAGUCGGUGAGUAAAUGAAACAGUCUGAGUAAAUGAAACUGCAAAGGUUCAGAAUUGAUUAAUGCGUCGUGGCUAGAUUUGGGUGAUAGUGUUGUUGUUGUUGUUGUAUUGAGAGAUAAUAUAACUAGUCAUGUGUUAUCGUAUAUACUGAUUACAAUUGCUACUACUAUUUUCAUUGUUAAUAGUAGUAGUAGUAGUAGUAGUUUCAUUAAUAUAUUCUGGAUAUUUCUCUUUUUUUUUUUAUAGUAUAUUAAUAUAUUAUCAAAACACGUAGACUUAAGUUGAUUAUUUAUUGUUUUGUUGUUGUUGUUGUUGUUGU